AUUAUAGCUGAUACAAGAAACUCUGUGAAAUUUUGGCGCGUUGUUUUAGUUUGCCCCCAAAAUUGAGGGUUUUCUUGUUAAUAUCUUACGUAUGUUCUACUUUUGUUUACUUUAGGUAUAGGUAAUCAUCCCCAAAAUAAAAAGUUUGAAAAAUAAAACGAUUAAAAAUAUCAGCGACUUCUUCCUCUUUUCUUAUUUCGUUUUGUCGUUUAGUUCGUCCCAGUUUCCUCGAUUUCGGUUUCAUUUCCGGCGAAAUCACAACUUCUUAUUAGGGUUAUAGGAAAUGGCAUUGAAUUUUUCUCAGCGUCCGAUUUUCCCUGCUCAUACGUCGGAAGACAAUUUGGUUUCGCCACUGAGAAUGGUGAACGGUGGGUAUGGUGUCGAAGGCAUGUCGGAUAAAGGGGGAGAUGGUUAUGGAAAGCCAAGACAUGGUCAUGUUCAUGGAGAAUUACAUGAUCGAUUCAGCCAUGGAAGAGAGAUAAUCGACAAGAGUGGCUCACCAGAUUCUGUAUCAAAAGAUAUCAUUGACAUGUUGCCAUCUGAUCCAUUUGGCAUGGAGAUUGACAUCAGUACCACUUUUACCGCCAUUACAGGAUGGCUGGGUGAUUUAGAAAUGGAAUAUGGCGAUUACAUGAGGAACAGAAUCACAAAUCACAAGGAAGAUUACGGGUUAUUUGCAGGUUUUAAUUUCUUUUGGAGCAGUGCUAUGAGGUUCCAAUCUUUUCCUACCAAUUUCAUGUAUCAAGAUAAAUAUCCUACUCCUACUCCUACUCGUACUCCCACUCCAACAUCAUAUACGAUGGUUGAUCAAGAUCAACACAAUGUAGAUGUCAUAAUGUCUUUCGAUCAUGGGAGUCCAAGUGUUCUUGUCCCAAAAUCUGAAGAAUUUGUAAAUAUUUCGUCAUCUUGUCCUGAUGUUAUUGGAGGAGAACCUCACGAGGCUUUUGUUCUAGCUCUUAGUUAUCUUCAAACUAGAGACCUUUUAUUGGUGGAACGUGUUUGUAGAUCUUUAUGUUCCACCAUUCGUAACGAUUCUCUUUUAUGGAGAAAUCUUCACAUCGAUCAGCCAUUGAAUGAAAGAAUCACCGACGACAUUCUUGUUCAGUUAACCAAUAGGGCUGAAGGUAAUCUGCAUUGUCUCAGCUUAAUAAAAUGCCCCAAAAUCACCGAUGAUGCUCUCAAACGUGUUCUCAAAACCAAUCCAAAGUUAACCAAGUUAUCUGUUCCAGGAUGCACGAGACUUACAAUCGAGGGAAUCUUGAACAAUCUAAAAUCCUUCAAUUCAAUUGCUGAAUCGGGUGGAAUCAGACAUAUAAGAACAGGUGGAUUCUAUGGAAUAACAAUCGAACACUUUGAAGAAUUGAAACAACUUUUGGGAAUUGAGAAAAACGAUCGCGAUAAUGAUCUGAAUCCGCGUUAUUAUCAUCGUGGGAAUUUGUAUUCAGAAUCGGAUGAUGAUCGAGCAAUAGAUGUUGAAGUGUGCCCUAGAUGUCAAAAUCUGAGGCUUGUUUACGAUUGUCCAGGUGACAGCUGUCAAGAAAAGAAAGAUGAAUGUCCUGAUUUUUGUAGGGCUUGCAUAAUUUGCAUACCUCGUUGUUGUGAAUGUGGGAGGUGUGUGCACAAUAGUGAGUAUGAAGAAACGUUUUCAUUGGAGUAUCUUUGUUCAGAGUGUUUGAAACAGUUGCCACGUGGCUAAUCUAGUUAGGUACGUGACAUAUGGGAUAUGGCAAGUAUUGGAAUCUUAUGAGGCCAGGUGAUGAUGUCAUGAUGGUUAAUUGGGCUUGGGCUUGGGCUCUCGGGUUUUUUUGAACCGGUGAUGUGGGAUAUGGUUAGGGGACCGGUUUGGGCUAUGGGAUUGGGCUGGCGUGGGUCAUUUUAGACCCUUUUUUAUGAUUUCAUCAUAUCAUAUCAUUUCUAUGUUAUGUUUUAUUUUUGGUUUGUAGUUUGAUUAUGUUGAUGUUGGGAUUUUAAUUUUACUUGAAAUGUUCAUUUAUGAUUGGGGACGAUGUUUAUUAUAUUCAGUUUUAGAAAUGCUCUUAAAUAUAAUUAUUUUUAUAUUAUGGAUGGAUGAC